UAUUGUGGGUAUAAUAAAACCCGAUUUUCCACUUUUGCAGUUGUGGUCAUGACGCUCAGUUCCAUAACAUUACACAUAAGAGUCAUUGGGCGAAGGCGUAUUCUGUAGGGGGGAGGUUAUCCGCGACGCUAGGUCUGAACGUUAACACGCAUCGCUUGCGGUACGGUUUUAAAAAACAAAAGGUUAUAUUGAUACACACCUUUUUAUAGGAUUAUGGUUCCCACAUGGCCAUAGUUCCAUGUUACAGCGCUUGUUAACAGGAAAACAGACGGGAGACAGAGUGGACUACCUGUGCUAAUUAGCUAUCUGCGUUUCCAAACACCUACUGUAUGUGGAAACGGAAGACGGAUGCCAACAAACGUGUUGUUUUGUCGCUGAAAAAUACUGUCGGCUGCUGUGUUAAAACCGGUUAAAACAGUGUACAGUGUGAGAGCUGCCAGGUCUGGGACAGUCCGUCCGUGUGUGUGUCUGCGCAGGUGUGUGUCAGUUGACUGGCACAGCGCGGAAUGCAAGAUGCUGCUCUCCCUUGGGAUGCUGAUGCUGUCCGCCACACAGAUCUACACCAUCUUCACCGUGCAGCUCUUCGCCUUCCUCAACCUGCUGCCCGUCGAGGCCGACAUCUCUGCCUACUCAUUUGACAACAAAACAGGGAGUUUUGAUGACCUGCCUGCACGGUUUGGGUACCGGCUGCCCAGCGAUGGACUCAAGGGCUUUCUGAUUGGUGCACGGCCCGAAAAUGCCUGCGAGCCCAUCGACCCACCCCCUAUCCGGGACAACCUCACUGGCGCCUUCAUCGUGCUCAUCAAGCGCUUCGACUGUAACUUUGACAUCAAGGUCCUUAAUGCCCAGAAGGCCGGGUACAAGUCGGCCAUUGUUCACAACGUGGACUCUGAUGACCUAAUCAGCAUGGGAUCCAAUGAUCUGGCUAUUUUGAAGCAGAUCGACAUUCCAUCGGUGUUUGUGAGCGAAGAGACUGCCAACUCCCUGAAAGAGGACUACACAUAUGACAAGGGGGGUCAUGUGGUGCUCAUUCCAGACUUCAGCCUGCCCCUGGAAUACUACCUGAUCCCCUUCCUCAUCACCGUGGGAAUCUGCCUCGUCCUCGUGGUCGUUUUCAUGAUCACCAAGUUUGUCCAGGACAGACACAGGGCUCGGAGAAGCCGUCUACGCAAGGACCAGCUGAAGAAACUCCUCAUUCACAAGUACAAGAAAGGGGACGUCUACGAUGUGUGCGCCAUCUGCCUGGAUGAGUAUGAGGAGGGAGACAAGCUCCGGGUCCUUCCCUGCUCUCACGCUUACCACAGCAAGUGUGUGGACCCCUGGCUGACCAAGACCAAGAAGACGUGUCCUGUGUGCAAGCAGAAGGUGGUCCCCUCUGCAGGCGACUCCGACUCCGACUCGGAGGGCGACAGUGCGGGUGAGGAGAAUGAGGUGUCGGAGAGCACCCCCCUGCUGCGCUCCCUGGCCUCCACCAGCGGCCACUCCUUCGGCACCAUGUCGGGUGCCUCGCGCUCCGAGCCUGAUCAGGAGUCCUCCGAGUACGAAGACACCAGCGACGACAGCGAGGAGGAUGUCACUGUGGAGACGGUCACCGUGGAGACGGUCACCGUGGAGACGGUGGUGGUGCAGCUGCAGGAGCCCCGUCCCGACGACCAUGACACGCCUGAUUGGUUGGCCUGAGUUGACGGACAGGUCGCCGGUUCCCCCGCCUCUCCCACCCCACUCGCCCUUCUGGCUUGCAGCAGCAGAGACUCACGCUGGAGGCGUGACCGAGACUGUGUGUGUUUAAUUUUGACAUCCCUGUUUAAUAAAAAAAAUCAUUUUA